AUGCUUGUGCGGCUCGUGUUGGGACUCGUCGUCCUUAAAGCGGUGGUGGCCGGCCCCAGAUUUUCCCGACAGGUGGACUUGGAUACAUACGACAGUUCCAACUAUGAUGUGGAUCUAGACAAUUUAAAUUUGGAGAACCAGGAUAUCUAUGAAUAUGAAGACGGGCUGACGAUUGAUGAUCCUCAGAUAGAGAUUGGAACACUGGCUCCACCUGACUAUGACUACCCUGUACCCAAGGCCUCGGAGGAAGUAGAUGAGGGGGAGGAAGAGGAGGAAGAGAUGCCCCUAACACCCCAGCUCACCCAUCAGGGUUCAGGGGGAUCUGGGGUCCUCAUGGGCCCGGACACACAGAAAGAGGUGGAGCUGCGUCUGACGCCCAUUGACAUCCUUCAUGUGCCUGGGGAUUUUGGGGGCUCCGUAGGGUCUGGGGCCUCAGGAGCUUCUGGGGCUUCUGGGGCUUCUGGGUCGGGAGGAUCCGGAGGCUCUGGGGGUUCUGGUGAUAUAAUCCUGAUCUCCGGAGACUCUGAGGAGCUCCACAGCUCAGGGGGAUCUGGGGAAUUCUUGGUAUCUGGGGAUCUCCUGAUAUCUGGGGAUCUCCUGAUAUCUGGGGAUCUCCUGAUAUCUGGGGAUCUCUCAGGAUCCGGGGAUAUUUCUGGCUCUGGGAUUUCCAUUGAAUUCCCCCUGGGCUCUGGAGGGUCUGGGGACCAGUAUGGUUCUGGGUCCUCUGGAGAUCUCUUAAUCUCAGGGGCCUCCGAAAGCUCUGGGGAUUCUGGGGACUCUGGUGAGUCUGGUGACUCAGGGAUAACGUUGUUAUCUGGAGAGGAGGAGCUCAUUCCCGAGACUAUCCCUAGCGAGGCGUCAGGCGCUUCAGGGGAGUUCUCAGGUGCUUCAGGAACCUCAGGGGCCUCUGGGGAUCUCGGAGCCUCUAGAGACUUAGAGUUCUCUGGAUCCUCUGGGACUUCUGGUGUCUCUGGCUCUGGAGACACAGAGGAACCUGAGGUAGCUCUGACCCCUGACACUGAUAAAGAGGAGGAGCUGAUUCCAGCUACACCAGAAACCCCUCAGGAGGGUACUGGCGGUGUAGAAGGCUCAGUGAGCUCUGGUGAACCUGACGAGCCUGAAGAGCCUGUGAUUGACAGGAAAGGUAUGCCCACUUGCCUGCUGUGCACGUGCCUCGGUGGUUCGGUCUACUGCGAUGACUUGAAGCUGGAUAGUGUUCCACCUCUUCCCAAAGACACCACUCACUUCUACGCCCGCUACAACAGAAUCACCAAGAUCAACAAGUCCGACUUCGCCUUCAUGAACAAGCUGAAGAAGAUUGACCUGACCGCCAACGAGAUAAAGUCCAUCGAAGACACAGCAUUUUUGGGUCUGCCUGAGCUGGAGGAGCUGGUGAUUCGAGAAAACCAUAUCUCACAGCUGCCUGCUCUCCCAGAGACCAUGAGCCUGAUUGAUGCCAGCCAUAACCACAUUGGCAGCAAGGGUAUUCACAGAGAGGCGUUCAAAGAUAUGACGAGCCUGCAGUACCUGUAUCUAACAGACAACCACAUUGAUUACAUCCCCGUGCCUCUACCAGACAGCGUGCGGUCUCUACACCUACAGCGUAACAAUAUUCAAAUGAUGCACGAGGACACGUUCUGCAACCUGAAAGAUUUCAACUACAUCAGGAACGCACUGGAGGACAUCCGUCUGGACGGCAACCCCAUCAACCUCAGCAGGACCCCGCAGGCCUACGUCUGCCUGCCCCGCAUACCCAUCGGGGAUGUCAUUUAA